GAUAAACCAGAAUUUUUAGUUCCGGAAAUGGAAAAAUUUGAUGCUGUAGAGGGAGAGUCCGGAACGUUUAACGUCACAGCCAGAGGAAAUCCACCAGUUAUUGACUACACCUGGAUCCGGGAUGGUGAGCCUGUAUUAGAUGUUUCAGAUAGCUACAUUUGGAAGUCGAAACGAAUUACCAGCCAUCGAGUAGUUUCAAGAGGACCCAUCUUGGAAAUCACCGAACUGUCGAGAAAUAAUGGUGGACAAUACGUCUGCGAGGCUUCCAAUUCUCAAGGCACCACCAGGAGAGUGAUUCUAAUCAACGUGUUGUAUGAAGCGUCUGUAACGAGAGUAAGUCCUCGAACCUACGUGAGGCAAGGGGAUGACGCCCAGUUCCAAUGUGAGGCUACAGGAAACCCUUUGAGAGAAGACGUCAUUCGCUGGAAUCGAUUGGGAUUUGAAACGAAGAGAAUGCAGGUCAUCUCUGAGAAGGGGCAAUCAUUUCUUACUGUAUUAAACGUCUCCAAGGAGGACUCCGGUGAAUUUGAAUGCGUGGCCUACAACGGUAUUGGAGAGGAGUCUAUAGCACGUAUUCUGCUUCUUGUCAAGUGUGAGUCGUGAGUG